AUGGCUGGCACAUGCUCGUUGCACUCUCACGCCAUGUCCGCCCCUCCCUUUCGCCCCCCCCCCCCCUCUCCCCUAACCCCCCUCUCCUCCUCCCGCAUGCAUACAUUGACCCAGACACACCACCCUCUGACCGGCGCCGUGGUGGGUCGAGUGUUUGACUCCUCACACUCCCCGCGGAGGCUGGUGUAUGCGGGAUGCAGGAAGGCGGGAGCCGAGGCAUGCGGCGGCAGCAGCAGCAGCAGCAAUGGCACGGCGGCGGGUGAUGCGUUUCUUAUGGAGAGCUGCCCGCUGGACCUCGGGAACUCCGCUUGUGCUUUUGAGCUGGAGUGCGCCUACGACUCUCCCCCAGUGUCCUUCCUCUGGCCGUCUCUCUGGGCGCUCUUUGUGCUCGUGGUCUACUCAUUGCUGGCGCUGGCCGUGUGGGCCAUCUGCUGCCACCUCGUGCGUCUGGAGCGAGACUACCAGCGCAUGCAGCGACUCAAAGACAGGAUGAAGGCUGCGAAGCUGGUGGCAGAGCAUGCCGCCAAGGCCAAGAGCAACUUCCUUGCCGUGAUUAGCCAUGAACUACGCACGCCGCUCAAUGCAGUGAUAGGCAUGAUGAAUCUGCUGGUGGACACGCCGCUGGACGCCACCCAGCUGGAUUAUGCCGAGACGGCUCGCACGAGCGGGCGGGCGCUAGUCUCUCUCAUCAACGACAUCCUUGACCUCUCAAAGAUCGAGGCCAAUCGCAUGGUGCUGGAAAAGGCACCCCUCGAUAUUCGCAGGGAUGUGGAUGAGGUGUUGACCAUGUUUGUGGAGCGAUUCAGAGAGAAGCCGCAAGUGGAGGUGGCAGCUUACGUUGAUCCCUCUGUUCCGCAGCUCGUACUGGGGGACUCUCUCAGGCUCCGACAGGUGCUGAUCAACGUGCUGUCGAACGCAUGCAAGUUCACUGAACGAGGACACAUCCUCAAUUCCAUCCCCCCACCCCGCUGCCACCCCACCAGUAGGGUUGGCACGAGGGGCAGCGGAACGGAUGGGGGGAAGAGGGAGCUGAGCCGAAGGGGGACUGGGAGUCUUUUGGAGAUUAAGAGACUGGGGGACGAACGCAAAAGGAGCCCUUCCAUGCGUGCUGCUGCUGCUGCUGGUGGUAGUGAUGGUGGUGCUGGUGGUGCUGCUGGUGGUGGCGGUGGUGGUGGUUCUGUGGCACCACCAGCAGCAGGAGCAGGAGGAGCAGCAGCAGGAGCAGCAGGAGGAGGAGGACGAACAGCAGCAGGAGGCAUGUACCCAUCGCUGGCAGCAAGCACAACACUGAGUGGGCUGGAAGCGGUGGACUCAUGCAACAGUUGGGCCACCAUCUGUGCCCUGCGCGCCCAGGCCAAAGCCGCCACCGCCCACCAGCGCGCGCGCCUCGCUCCCUCCGCUGCUGCUGCUGUUCCCUCCGCUGCUGCUGCUGUUCCCUCCGCUGCUGCUGCUGUUCCCUCCGCUGCUGCUGCUGCUGGUGCUGCCGGUACUGCCUCCGCUGUUGCUGGUGCUGCUGCCCGUGCUGCCCCUGCCGGUGCCGGUGCUACUGCCGGCCCUGGUGCCGCCGCUGGUAACCGCACCGCCGCCGUGGUAACCGUCCUGCAGAAGUCCGUGCGUCUAGUCAUUUCAGUAGAGGACACAGGCGUGGGCAUACCCUACGGGGUGCAGCGGCACAUCUUCAAACCCUUCAUUCAAGCAGACGCCUCAAAUACGCGCACGCACGGCGGCACGGGAAUUGGUCUCGCCAUCUCCCGCCAGCUCGUGAAGCUCAUGGGCGGCCAGCUGACCUUCUCCAGCCGCCCGGGGGUCGGCACAACGUUUUAUUUCGAUAUUGUGGUGCCGUGCGCGAGUGCGGCGGAGGAGGCGGAUGCGAAUGCAGCGGUUACCACCCCGAAUGGUCGUGAUGGGAUGGGCGCGUUUUCGGGCUAUUGGGGUGCGGCUGGUGCUGCAGGUGCUGCUGGUGUGGGUGGUGGUGGUGCGGGUGGGUAUGGGGGGGCGGGUGGCAGUAUGGGGGUUGAGGGAAGUAGUAGAAGGGGGGGAGGGGCGUCUGCUGUGGAGCUUCAGAUGGGGUUCGACCGGAAUGCGUCAGCCAAGGAUUUGCAAGCGUUGGCUGAUCUGGCCAGGGAGUCGGGCAAUGGGGCGGACUGGCACAGGCAGCUGAGACCCGGGUGCCGUGACGGGCAGUUUCGAAAUGUUUCGGCGCGCGUUUUGGACGGGAAUGCGUGGGACGCGGCGAUUCUGGUGACACAGGAAAGGGUGGAGGAGGGGGAGGCGAGGAGGAGGGGCUUUGAUGCGGUGCUGGUGAAACCCGUUAGUGCCUCUAUCCGCUCCCUCUCCGGCCUUCCGAGGGCCGGCAACGGUGCAGCGGCGGGUCUGCACAUGCCUGGCUCGGCCAUGCCUGGCUCGGCCAUGCCUGGCUCGGCCAUUCCUGGCUCGGCCAGUGUUGGGGAAGAGGAGGAGAGUGAGAUUGUGCCUUUCAGUGGCUGCAUGGGCCUCGUGCGAGGGAACUCGGUGCAGGUGCAUCCAACAGGCGUGGACCUCGCACGGGGUGACUCGGCACGUGCUGACUCAGCACGGGUAGGCUCCACCAGAGCUGACUCAGCCGGAGCUGACUCAGCACAAGGUGCCUCAGCAUGGUUUGACUCGGCACGCUCUUACUCAGCACCAUCAGGGGCGGUCAGCUCAGUGGCAGUGGCAGCAGCAGUGGCGGUGGCGACAGCGGGAAGAGAUACAGCUGUGGCUGCAGCCACUGCUGUUGGUGGUAGUGGUGGUGGUGCAGCUUAUGCUACCGCUGCUGCUUCUCCUCCUGCUACUGCUGCUGCUGCUGCUCCUGCUGCUGCUGCUGCUCCUGCUCCUGCUGCUGCUGCUGCCGCUGUUUCUGCUGCGCCUGCUGCUGUUGCUCCUGCUGCUGGCUCAUUGCGGAGAGCCAAGAGCGGGCUGCCAGGCAUGGGCACAGUGGACAGAGAGGAAGCAGAGACAGGCGGAGCGGUGCGGCCGAUAGGCCGAGACAGCCGAACCACGUCUGCUUCCCGUGCUGCUCUUGCUGCUGCUGUGGGAGGAGCGGGAGCAGGAGGGGGAGCAGCGAGCAAGCAGCAGCAGCAGCAGCAGAAGCCCAAGUCAGCGAGUUUCCAGAUGCUGCAAGAGGCGCUCCAGGGCAUGUCACUGCUCGUGGUGGAUGACAAUCUAGUGAACCGCAAGGUGAUAGGGCGCAUGCUGCAGCGGUAUGGCGUGGGGGUGGAGAUGGUCGAUGGCGGCCGGAAGGCCAUUGAAAGGCUCGUCUCGGGCGGGUGGGACAUCGACUGCAUUCUCAUGGAUGUGCAGAUGCCAGAGAUGGACGGGUGUGAAGCAGCGGCUGCCAUCCGGAAGCUUGAAGGGGAGAGGCGGACGGAGAGAGAGGAGAGGGCACUGAGGGCGGAGAGGGCGGAACGGGCAGAAAGGGAGGAGAGAGCGGAGGGGGCGGAGAGUGAUGGGGCGGAGAGGGAGGGAGUUCAGAGGGUGCAACUGAGGGCCGGCCUUCCCGUUUCAGCACGAGACACAUCAGCAGCAGCACCAAAGACGGGAUUACCAGGAUCAUUAGCAGCAGCGUCAGCCGCAUCAGCAGCAGCGUCAGCCGCAUCAGCAGCAGCAUCAGCAGCGGUGGCAGCAGCUGAAAGCACCGGAGGAGUGCUACCUAAGCCACCGACCCCUGCCAGGUCUCCAACCGCUCUGCACCCCCCGAAAUCGCCGAUGCACGCCCCAACACACACUCGCUCGCCCUCGUUCCAAGGCCGCACCUCCGCCUCCCCGCUGCAGCUUCUCAGAAGCAACCGACACCGGCGGCAUGUGAGCAGCGGGGAUUUGGACGGCCUAGGGGCGGGGUUCUGUCCACCCUCGCAGGCUGGUGGGCAAGCUGUGGCAGGGCAUAGGCACACCCCAUCUCCUAAGGAUGGGCACUUUGCGGUGAAGCACAACCCGACCGCACAGGCUCGGCAAACUACAGCAGCGAAUAGCAAUCUAGACCUCAAGGCCGAGCCAUCAGCAGCAGCACACAGCCUGUCACAAGGCAGUGUAGCACGGCCUAAAGCAGUGGCUGUUAGUGCUAGCGAGGGGACCCAGGGGGAGGUGAGACCUGUGGUGGGUACUCCCAAGGGAGGAGUGUUUUCUAAGUGGGUAGAGUUGACUAGUCCCACGUGGGGUAGGCAGCAGGUUUUGGAGCAGCAGCCGCUGUUGGAAGAGGGGGGGAAGAAGGGAGGAGAGGGAGGGGUGAUGAAGAAGGGAAGUCAGAUUCAGCAGGCGAACGAGCAACACCAGCAAAGGCAGGGUCUGCAGGAGAGGCAGGUACAGAAGCAGCAGCAGCAGCAGCAGCAUCAGCAGCAGAGGCGAGUUCGAGAUAUGGAUAGGGUGUUGAUAUUUGCGUUGACUGCGGAUAUUGGUGCGGGGACAAGGGAGCGGUGUGCGCAGGUGGGCAUGGAUGGGUACAUGACCAAGCCUGUGGAGGAGGAGCAGCUGUUCUUUGUGCGUGCGCGUCAUCCACCCCCAGGAGUGCGGGAUGCUGGAAUUUGGAUUGCUCUGUGUGUGUGUGAGUGGAUCGGGCUGCUUUAG